GAGACUUGAGACUAGUGUAAACACUUUGUGGUAGAGUGGCCAACAUCAGUGUUUUUUUUUUUUCAAGUGAAAGAUGGCCAGCAAGCAUGAUAGAAAGCUUAGGCCUAUCACCCACGAGGUUAAGAAACUGAAACCGAGUCCUUCCAGAGGACAAGAAAAUCGUGCUGGGUUAAAAGUUAAAACAAAACAAAAGUACAACGACAUGAAAUCCACCAUGGCGAAGAAGGUAGGAAGGUUGAGCAUCAACCUGAACAUCGCUAAAUCCACGAAGACCAAGAAGCAGAGUGAGGGAGACACCAGCAUCUACCUAAAAUCGAAAAAGAUGAUGAAAUCGAGUUCCGGGUGUUCGCAGGUGUUACACCGCCACAGGCGUAAACACGCCCUUCCCAAACAGCAGGAGGAAGUCCUUCUUGAAAAACACACCCUUCAAGUGGCAAGAUACGAACCUUUCAGAAAAAGUACGGCAACCUGGAAGAGUAAAACUCCAUUUCUGGGACUGGAGUACGAGGAGGACGUGAUGAGGUACCUCCUGGAGGUGGAGAGGCGGCGACACAUGACGAGGAACUACCUCGCCAACCAUCCCUCAGUCAACCAGAGGACAAGGGCAAAGCUCAUCGAUUGGCUGAUACAGGGCCAGAGUUACUUGCAGCUGUCCCAAGAGACACUAUACCAGGCUAUUAACUUGAUAGACAGUGUUUUGGAGGCCAGCAAUAUAUCCCCGGACAAGUUACAACUCCUAGUGAUCACCGCCGUCUUCAUCGUGGCCAAACUCGAAGAGCAGGAACCGCCCUUAGCCGCAGAUCUUCUGGGACUGACCACAUAUACACUACAAGAGUUCCUGUCAAUGGAAAGAACAGUUCUGACCAUUGUAGACUUCAACUUGGUUAUAGUAGACCCGUCGAUAUUUUUAGAAUAUUUUGCCUAUUUAACUUGUAAAUACGACGAUAAAGUGGUGCUGGAUUGUGCCAACUUCCUGAUGGAGACAGUGCUGGUGGAGGUAUGGCCUCUGGAAACCCUCCCUUCUCUCUUGGCUGCAGCGGCUCUGUUCGGUUCCCUGAGAAUUAUCCACGGCGCCAUGGCAAGCGUGGCUCUUUGCACUCUGAUGCCAGCUUUCUUCAAUUUAGACGACUCGACAGUCGUAUCUACCAGUCUGCGCAUGCUCGAAGCCUUAGCUAAUCGAAAGCAUUCUCCAUUUCAGGGCGCCUCUGAAAAAUACCGGAGCAGGCUAUGCCACAACGAACUGUCCCUCCUCCUCCCGAACCCGAAGUUGCAACCUGACGGGUUGCUCGUUAUCAUCGACGAAGUCAGGGCGACCCUCAUCUCCCUCAGGGACGUUAAUAUCGUCAUCAGAGAUCGUCAUCAUCAUUAUCUCGUGAACAAUGGAGAUAACGAGGAACGGGAUGAUUGGAAACUUAAAUUGCGUGACGUCACAACCACGAAGACGUCGUGACUUGAAAAGGGACGUAUAGGGUUUUCUGUGACGUCAUGGUUUUACCAAGUAUCCCACGAAAGGAAACUCGAGCUCCAGGAAGGUUAUUUUUGUAAGUGCGGUGCUCGGGAGGAACCGGCGAAGACAUUAUAAUCCUUAUUUUAUAUUGACUAUAAUUAAAGUAUUUAAGAUAG